GUUUAGUUCCUGGGAAUAGGAGCUAACCAUCCAUUGGUGCAUUAACAACGCUUGUUGCCCCUUUGUACCUAGGCUUCAGACUGGCUACCAGUUUAAAUAUCAACAUUGCCCGUGCCUUCGGCACGUCCGUUCCCCAGCUGACAGUCUCCGCUGGCUAUCAACUCAUCAUGCAGCUCGCCUUCUUCGGGGCUUCUGUCGCCCUCUUGGUUCCCACUGCCCUAGCGGUGGCAACUACAACCACCACCUCGACUACCACCUCGACUACCGCAGCAGCCAGCUGUACAGCCUCCCUCAUCACCACGCUGUGCAGCUACCCCGAACCCGGCGAUGACUUCGCCGUCGCGGAAGACAGCACAGCCUCCUGCUGGGACUACUGCCACGCGAACCCACCCUGCAGCUUCGUGAUCUUCGCCGCGGGCAACCCUACUCUGGACAGCGGCACCUGCUGGCUGUACCCCGGUGAAACCUACAACGCAAGCGCGGGGAGUUCCGACUGCACCAACCCCUCCCUCUCCGUCUACAGCGAGCCCGUGUGCAGCAGCGGGAGCGCAACCAGCACCGCAACCACCCCCACAGCCUCCGCCUGCGCCGCCACCGCGACUCCCACCGCGAUCGCCUCCGGCUGCGACUACCCGGCCCCCGGGGACUGUUUCGAUGGCUGUGUGGCGAGCACCGGGGCGACGAACUGCUUGAGCCUCUGUGCCGAGGCGGAGGCCUGCAGCUAUGUGGUUUUCAAUCCGCACAAUGACGACAACUCGCCCUACGCCGCGGGCACUUGCUGGAUCUAUCCCAACGGGACAUUUGAUGCGAGCUCGCUGUCCACCUGCAGUGGCGAUGCGGCGCAGUAUGUGUACGAUAAUGUGUGUCCCAAGGCUUCCUCGUCGGGUUCCUCGUCCAAGGCUUCCUCGUAUGUUGCGGGAAUUAUGAAUUAUACGGAAAAUUUGAACAUAACCGCGAGCACGGCCACGGGGUCUAAUAGCUCGGCGACUACGGGGAGCGCUGCGGGCUCGACUGGAACCACUGAGAAUUCUGCGUCUGGGGGUUUCUCGCUCCCGGCCUCGUUGGCUGUGGGCGUGGCGCUGUUGAUGUGGCAGGCUAUUUGUUGAGGUUUGGCGUGGUGGGGGGUGUGAUUGAGCUUGGCUGACAGUAAGCGCUGUUUGACGGAGGUUAUGGGCUCAGUGUGAGGUUGUGUUGGGUUCCUUGCGAAUCGGAGCGGCAGGAAGUCUCCGAAAAUGAUAUGUUUGAAGAUGAAGAGCAGGUUCUUACAGGUAUUGGAGUACUCGGGUAGAUGGGGCUAAUCACGGUAUUUGUAUAAGACGCUGAGGUACAAAAUAGCUUAAG